AUGGGAAAGUAUGCCAUCAUCGUCGUGGGCCCCGCGGGCUCGGGCAAGAGCACACUCUGUGAGGUUCUGGCGGAGCAUUACGCCUGCAAAGGACGCUCAACGCACAUCGCCAACAUGGAUCCCGCGGUGGAGGAGCUGUCGUACUCUCCCUCAAUCGACGUGCGAGAUUUGAUUUCCCUCGAGGAUGCGAUGGAGGGGAAGGGGCUGGGUCCGAAUGGCGGGCUCGUCUUCUGCAUGGAGUAUCUCGUGACGACGGGGCUGACGUGGCUGCGUGAACAACUCGGCGAUUAUGCGGAGGACUUUGUGAUAUUCGACAUGCCAGGGCAGGUCGAGGUGUCGUCAACCCACCCUGCCGUGCCGGCCUUCGUAAGGUUUCUUCAGCAGGAGGGUUAUUACACGGUGGUGCUUUACCUUUUAGACGCACUGGCGACCACUGUCGACGGCGGAAAAUUCAUCGCGGGUUGCCUUUUCUCGCUUUCUAGCAUGGUGUGCUUCGAGUGCCCUUUUAUUAAUGUGCUCACUAAGUGCGAUUUACUCGAUCCGGCAUUUCAGGAAGAAGUGCUCGAGCAUUUUUGUAUGUGUGAUUUCGACCACUUAGAUCUCUCCCGGCUCCCACCGCAGUGGCGGAGGAUGGUGCGCCAGCUCAGCACCAUCAUCGAUGAUUUCAAUUUAGUGACCUUCAGGCCCAUGAAUAUUAAGGAAAGCGUCUACGUUAGUAAUUUUUGUGCGUUGCUAGACGAGACGCUACAGGUGGUGGAUGAGGCGGAGGUUCGAGACUUCGACCAGGAUGUGGAGGCGACGGAAAAUGAGAUGAUGCAGUGA